GAGGCUGGGAAAAGAAUGGAGCUGUCCCAGCUCCUCAAUGAGAUCAGGGCAAACUAUGAGCAGCUCCUCACCAGAAAUCAGAUAGAGACGGUGCUCCCAGCAAGGAUCCAGCUGGAAGAAGAUAUAAGCAAAAAAAUGGACAAAGAUGAAGAGGCUUUGAAAGCAGCUCAAGCGGAACUCAAGGAAGCCCGACGCCAGUGGCACCACCUGCAAGUGGAAAUUGAGUCUCUCCAUGCCGUGGAAAGGGGCCUUGAAAACUCCCUACAGGCCAGUGAGCAGCAUUACCAGAUGCAGCUACAAGACCUGGAGGCCGUGAUCGAAGGACUAGAAAAAGAGCUACAGGAAGUGAGGCGCGGCAUCGAAAAGCAGCUUCAAGAGCAUGAGAUGCUCCUCAACACAAAGAUGAGGCUAGAACAAGAAAUAGCAACCUACCGCCGCCUCCUAGAAAAGGAAGAGAUCAGAUAUUACGGUUGUAUCCAAGGAGGGAAAAAAGAAAAAAAAACUACAAGUAGAGUUGGUUUUGUUUUACCUUCAGCCAUUAUAAAUGAAAUAUCUUUUUCAACGAAAGUCCCACAAAGGUGUGAGAAUGAAAAGGUGGAAACAGUGACCAAACAGGCAAUACUAAAUGGAAAUAUCGUGAAGGAGAGCACUGAAGCUCAUGGCACUAUUCAGACAGAGAAAGUGGACGAAGUUAUUAAAGAAUGGGAAGGUUCCUUCUUCAAAGAUAACCCUCGACUAAGGAAAAAAUCUGUUUCUCUUCGAUUUGACCUUCAUUUAGCAGCCACUGAUGAAGGGUGUUUACAGACUAAACACGAUAAUCUACCAGAUAUAGAAGUCAGGCUUAUCAUGAGGAGGUCGUGCAGUAUUCCCUCUAUCAAACCUCCAUCAGCAGCUAAUUAAUCCAAAGCCAGUAUUUGACUUGAUUUGAAAAUGACAUUAGGAUGGGCCAAGGUGGGCCAUGCUGACCCCCUUCUGUCCCAAAUGUAAGUUAUUAAGUAUGUAUGUUAUGAUUGAUGUGUGAUUCUCCUCAGGGGGGAAAAAAAUAGCAGGGACAAAACUUCUCUGAAUCUAACUAUGGAUGUAUUUUUUUGGAAAGGGGAAGCUUAAAAUAAAAUCAGAAAUUCAGUAUAGUUUCUAUUUUAUUUAUUCUCCAAAUAAUAGUUUUUGUUCCCUUGAAAUUUUAUCAGAGACUGUAAGCAUUAGCAGCUUAGUUAAGUCUUUGAAAUUUCACUCAAAUGGCUGAAUGCUCUAAGGAAAAGGGAACAGUUUAUCUAAAUGUGAUUGUAGUAUGUUAAGAAUUACACUGAGUUAUUCAUCACUGGUUAUAUCUAAAAGGAUUUUUCUAAUUGAAAAAGAAAACACAAACAAGCUUUUAAAGAGGACUCCCUGUUCACUUAACCAAAAUUUUUCCUUUUGAGACAAUCAUUUGCACACUUAGAAAAAUAAAUUACUUUCCAUGAGCAGUUUUGAGCAAACUAUAAAACAUAGCCCAGUGCUGAUUUGAUUAAAUAAAAUUAAUCUUCAUCUGAAAGUGUUUUGUAGUCAUUAUGUGAUUUCCAGAAGUUACUUUAUUCAAAGAGCUUUAAAAGAUUGUGUCCCCUACCACCAAAAA